UUUACUUUCGUUUCUGAGGGCCUUUCCCGAAAAGACCCGGCAGCCCCUUCGCCGCCGCCCCCCCCUCCUUCAUUCCUCCCCCCACCGGCCUGGAGCGCGGCCGAGCCAAACGGUCCCCCGCGCGCGCCGUCUCCCGCCCUGCCCCUGGCGCCUCCGGAGGGGGGCACCGCGCAGGAUGGCACAGAAGAAGUAUUUUGCCGCAAAGCUGAAAAACUACUUAAGGGAAGACAAGAUUCAGCUCUGGAAACCUCCCUAUACAGACAGCAAUAAAGAGGCUGGUGCGGAGCUGAAGGAUCUGGCACGGCAGUAUUCGGCGAGGCUAAAGUAUAACACCAAUGAAAUAGAGGCCCUCCUGGAAGAAAUACGUUGUAAAACGAUUGAGCGGGGAACCGGAAAUGAAGCUUAUAAGGCAACAGGCGUUGCAACGCUUGAAGUGGCCUUACCUCCCAGGAUGGGUAAAGCAAGAAAGGGUGUGCUGGAAACAAAACUGAUCAUCACCGGAAAGGAACUCCGAUCUCAAAUGGCACAGGCAUACGGCUUUGAAGAAAACUGCAUCAAAAUAAUUAUAAAUAAGAAGCAACUUGAGCUAGGGAAGACGUUGGAAGAGCAAGGAGUAACGCACAACGUCAAGGUCAUGGUGCUGGAGCUGAAGCUGAGCGAGGAGGAGACCAGGCGAAAAGUUCGGGAGGAGGAAAUGCAGCACGAGGAAGAGACGGUGAAGAAAAAAGAAAUGCACAGGAAGAUGCAAAGAACCAAGAAGGGCCUAGAAAUACUGGCAAAAAGAGACGACUCUUUGGAUUCAGAUACGCUGCCUUAUCUAGAUAUAGCAAACCAGACUGGGAGAAAAAUCAGUAUUCCUCAACAAGCCAAAAAAGCUCUCUUGUUAGCCAUGGGGUACCACGAGAAAGGCAGAGCUUUGUUGAAGAUCAAAGAAUAUGCCAUGGCCCUGCCGUUUCUAUUGGAUGCAGAUAAACACUUCUGCGAAUGUGGUUCCGACCUCUUGACCACCGUUGAUAAUUACGCAGUGUUGCAGCUGGACAUCGUCUGGUGCUACUUCCGCUUGGGACAGUUGGAUUGCCUUGAAGAUGCCGAGAAAAAGCUCCUGGCUGCCCACGAUUGCUUCCGGAAGUGUUACGGGGAGAACCACGAAAGGCUGGUCACGAUAAAAGGUAGUUUUGGGAGAGAGAAGGCGUUGUUUCUAAGGCUUUACCUGCUUCAAGGAAUAAGCCAUUAUCAUAACGGCAGAGAAGACGAGGCUGCUGAAUAUCUGCAGAAGGCCCACAGUUUGUUUCAGGAGUUGGGCAUAGAUCCGGAGAAAGUCAACAGCCUGCUUCUCCUGGGAUUCUCCGCCCAGGAAGCCCGCCUGGGUCUCCGUGCUUGUGAUGGGAACGUGGACCGUGCGGCCAGUCUCAUUUCCAACCAGAGAGAGGAGAAGGAGCAAAUACGGCGAGAAGAACGAGCGAAACGGCGAAAGCGACUGGAGGGCAUCAACGCCUUGAAAAGUAUGGGCUAUUCAGAGCGAGCGGCCAGAGAAGCUCUUCACCAGGCGAAAGGCAACCUUGAGCUAGCAGUGAAGGUCAUGCUCGAUAACCCCCAGCUGCUCCUCCCGGAGGACGACAGCCCACUGCUGGGGAACCCCUUCCAAGUUCCUCAGGAAAGCAUCAACCAACUGGUCUAUAUGGGAUUUGACGCCAAGGCGGCCGAGCAGGCCUUGCAGGUGUUCAAAGGCAACAUCCAGCUGGCUGUCCAGACGCUGGCUCACUACGGAGGCUCCCUCCCUGAGGACCUGCAGGCCCCUUCCGAGAGCACCUCCCCUUCCGGUGAAUCCAGUUCUUCCCAGGAAUCCUCCACGGGUUCUGCAGGGACUUCUGGGGCUUCAGCUGAUGAAGACAUGGAGUCAAGUCAAGUCAUGGAAGACAUGGAAGCGGAUGCUCUCAACGAAGUCUUAAAGGACAUUCCAGAACACGAAGAAGAUUAUUUGGAUCUAACUCUGGAGGAGGAAGAAACUGUCAUCAGCGAGUACCUCUCUUACAUACAGCACUUGCCAACUGAGCCCAAGUAGCCAAAGCUCUUAGACUCCAGUUGUCGGUUACAUCGAACUCCGUAUUUGGGGCUCCAGCCCACAGAAAAUGAGAUGCGUUCAAGUCUCACCGAAAUCCAUGGGGCACCUCGGUCAUUCCUACCCUGAGAAGUCUCGUGGAUUUCAGAGAGACUUUGGCACCGCUCAUUUUGUCUGGGCUGGUGCCUUGGGUUGUAGAUACAACCCUCAGCCACGCUUUUGCCAAAUGCCUUAAGUUCAAGACGUUGCAUAAAUGCUGGUGUAUGUAAAACCUGUACUAUUUGAUUGCCACGUAGAACAACACUGGAGAGCAAAACCAGUUAUAGAAGAAGAAAUACUUACAGAAGAAAUAUUUUAUAGAGAGAUUCACUAUAUAUGUAUAUAUAUUGGUGUAAAAUCGAAUCUAUUUAAUUGGUAGAGCAAAUAAAACCCUUUAC